CCGGCGCCCAAGACGUCAUCCCUCAGCCAUCUCACCCAGGGCUCCAGUGCAUGCCAUGCUUCUAUUCCGUCCCUAGUUUGCGAUUAUUCUCUGGGGUCGAUACGUUUAUGCUCCGAAUCGGGCGACGACCGACUGACUACCGCUGCAGGGCUCCGGCGCUGUUAUUCCCCUCCCCGUAUGUAAAGCAAUCCUCCGCCCGGCCGCCCGACUCACCCUUCCUUUCCUCUCCCUCUUUCUCUCUCCUUUCCUUUCCCUCUUCCUUCUUAAUUUCCAGACAACAUCAUAGAUUCUAAUCGGGUGUUUUCUUGCUUACUUACGGCGGCCCGGGUCGGAUAUCCUCCUAUACCUACUCCUACUCCUACUCCUGCUCACACUCACACUCACACUCAUCCCCCACCGUCCACCUCCUAUACCAACCAUUGACUGAACACCCACCUAAUCAACCACAACAACCUCCAAAAUGGCCACCGCCCAAGCCGAAAAACCUGCCACCAAAACCUUCGCCAACGACCCCGACGACGUCUCCGACUACGACUCCGAAGAGGACUAUAGCGACGACGAGCCCCAGCCCCAGCAAAAACUACAAUCACAACAACAGCGCCGUCGGCGCCAACCCGUUGCCCAGGACGAGGACGACGACUACUCCGAUGAGUACUCGGACGAGGACGACUACGACGACGAUGACUACUACUCGGACGAGGAGGAUGUCCCCGGCACGAUGGAGCGCUAUCAGCCCAUGACCAUCAGCAGUCGGGACGCGGUGGCCCAGCAACCCAUCGCCAACGGUGGCAUGCAGGCGGCCGGAGAGAAGGAUGGCGACGACUGGGAGGACCAGGACGGGAUGAAGUUGAAGUUGGAGUUGAAUCUGGAUAUCGAGGUGGAGUUGAAGGCUCAUAUCCACGGUGAUUUGACACUGUCGUUGCUGUAAGUUUUUGAUCCCUCUCCUCGUUCUUUUCUUCACUGUUGUUUUUUGGUUUUUUUUGUUGAAUCGGGUUUGGAUGUGGCGGGGAUGUGAUGUGUGUUGCGGGGUAAAAAGUCCAACCCCAAGAAGAAACAGGGGGAAAUUAUGAUCACCACUAUCUACCCAUCCAUGCAAUCGCUUAAUUCUUUACUUAGUACGUGAGGUCGAUGUUAACGGUUCACCCAUCUCUCUCCAGCGCAUGAUCGAAUCGAUCGAUCACUCGAAUUCCUGUCGGCGUCGAGUCGAGUCGAGUCCGAUCGUGGAGACAAAACGAACGAAAAAAAAGAUGGGGCCAUCGGAAGAAUUCCUGAAACA